AUGUCUAGCCAGCAACAGGAGCAGACACGCGAAGGGGAAGCUCUAGAGCCCGCCCAGGAUAAAAUUGAGGACGACUUGGCACCGAUCUUUGCCGCUUGCAUCGAAAACCGCGCCAAGGAGGUCGGCGUGGCCGUCCUGGAUCUGGCCGCGCUGCGACUGGAGCUCUCCCAGUUCAUUGAGCCGGGCCAUACCUACACGUCUACGCUGAUGCACCUGGUGCCGCGUGCUCCGUGGCAGGUGGUAGUGGUGGGCUCUUCACACCACGAGGUGGCUGGCAGCAGCAGCCUCAAUGCCGCGCUCCGCGCCGCGCCGCUGCGCCUCGCGCACGCGGCGCGCGGCGCGUUCGACGACACGCGCGGCUGCCUGGCGGUGUCUGAACUCGCGGCUGCGUCCUGCAAGCCCGACGCGCCCGCGGGUGCGGCGGCGAGCAAGUCCCACUACCUCGCCUUCGGCGCCGCGGGCGCCCUGCUCCAGCACCUGUCAGCCGGCGCCGGCGCCGUGAUCGCGCCCGGCAGCUUGAGGAUGUGCUCCAACCUGGCGAUAACGCGACAGCGACCGGCCGGCGCUCCCGCGGCGACCAAGGACCCAACGCUCAAGAUCGCGUCUCAGGUUGAGGCAGUUAUAUUGCUGCGCUGCCUGCUGCGCGCGCUGCCGGCGCUGUCAGAGUCGAUGGCGUGGGUGGCGACGCCGCUGCUGGGCGCGGUGCGCUCCAACCUAGUGCGGCCUGAGCUACAGGAUCUGCUGGCAGAUGUGGAAGCGGCCCUGGAAGAGGAGGCGCAGGCCAGCAAGGGGGCGUUCGCUGGGCGCAUGCACCAGGUGUGGGCGGUGCGGUCAAACGUGGACCCCUUUUUGGACAUGGCGCGCACCACCUUUAACAGGCUCACGGAGGCCAUCCGGUCGCUGGCGGAGAAGCAAAGGGCCGAGCCCGCGCUGGCGGGCCUGAAGGCCAAAUACACCCACGCCAAGGGGUGGCACUUCGUGCUGCCGCAGCCCAAGCCCGCCACCGGGCCCGCCGCAGUGGCAGCAACGCAGCCCCAGCUGCCACGCGGCUUCUUGGUGCUGGAGCAGCGCGGCCGCGGGCAGGUCCUGGCCACCACACACGAGCUCAACGCGCUCAACGCGCGGCUCAGGGACGCGGCGGCGGACGCCAUCAUGCUGACUCAGCAGGCGAGCGGACGGAAACCCUAUUGCUCUCAGACGCAGGCUUUGAAAGUGCUGGACGGCUUGGUUUCAAAGGCGCUGGCGCAGAUGCCGCUGCUGCUGCAGGCGCGCCCGGGGGCCCAAAGCUUGCACGGCCACGGCGUCAUGAUCAUCGACAGCGUGGCCCUUCUGGACAUGCUGGUGUCGUUCUUCCAGGCCGUCACGGGCUCGCCUCACGAGUAUGUGCGGCCCCGCAUCACCCCCAGCGGGCCCCUCGCCGUCACCGCCGGCCGCCACCCGCUGCUGGAAGCCCUGCUGCACAACCGCCACGGCCCCGCAGCCGCAGCCGCCGCCGCCGCGGGCCUCGACGCCCCGCCCGCCAGGCCGGGCCGCCGGCAGGGACCGGGCGCGGCCGGGGGCGGCAGCGGCGCAGCGGCCGUGUUUGUGGCGCCCGUGGCUUACGCGGCGAACGACACGUAUGCGUCGGAGGCGGCCACACUGCACUUGAUCACGGGGCCAAACAUGGCCGGGAAAAGCACCUACCUGAAGCAGGCGCGCCGCGUCGCGAUGCUGGUGAUCAUGGCCCAGAUGGGCUGCUACGUUCCCGCCAGCUUCAUGUCCCUCACACCGUUUGACCGCAUCUUCACGCGCAUCGGCACCGCCGACAACAUCGAGUCCAACGCCAGCAGCUUCAUGGUCGAGAUGGCAGAGACGGCCGCCAUCGUGUCUCAGGCCACCGACCGCUCGCUGGUGCUCAUAGACGAGCUGGGCAGGGCAACAUCCACUGCCGACGGCGUCGGCCUCGCCUGGGCGGUGUGCGAGUAUCUGCUGACCCUGGGCUGCCCCACGCUGCUGGCGACGCACUUCAGGCAGCUGGAGGAGCUCGCAUCGCUGUACCCCAGCUGCAGGCUCUGGCGCAUGCAGGCACGCCGCGGGGCUCGGCGAGCGAGCGGGUCCAAAAGCCCGCAGCGCCCCGCCGCAGUGUUUCGGGCGGGGCGGUGGGGGGUAGACGUUGCGGGGGACAGCCUGCACUACCGCUGGAGUAUGGUUUCCGCCGACGACGCCGGCGGCGGCGGCGGCAGUGAUAGCGACGCCGCGACGCACUACGGCAUCGCGCUCGCGCGCGCGUUGGGGAUGCCCGAGCCGCUGCUGCGGCGCGCGGCGGCCGUCUCAGGGAUGCUCGAGUCGGAGAACCGCGCGCGCGCCGCGGCCGCAGAGGCGAGCGGUGCAGGCGAGGGUGAGGGCGUGCGAGGCAGCGGCGGCGCCGGCAAAGGCGGCGGCGCGCGUGCGCUCCGGCAGGUGUACUCGCUGGUGCACCGCCUGGGCUGCGUCGCGCGGCACGCGGCCGCGGCGGGGCGCGGCGGCGAGGGUCCUGGGCGUGGCGCGGGCGGCGGCGGCGGCGGCGGCGGCGACGCGGAAGGGGCGGCGGCGUUUGGCGAGGCGGCGGUGGCGGCGGCGCUGCCGCUGUUGCGGGAGCUCAAAGCUGAGGCGGAGCGGCUGUGCUUCGGCGAGUGA